UUCAUUAAUAAAAAAUGGGCUUAAUACAAUCGAUAUUUUGUUCUAUGAUUUUCUGUGUCGAAAGAGUGCUGACAUGGACGUGUUGCGCGUUCUUGCUAAUGUUACUCAUGUUCACGAUCAUCAUAUUGAUGAUAUACGGCAUAUCAGUUGGCUAUCACUACGCGCAAAAAGAACUUGCUGCGUUUGCAAUGUCAUCAAGAUCUACAACAGAACCUUCGCUCAUGCGACGUUCAGGCCAAGAAGGGCGACCAGUUGUGCGACUGGUAGCUGUUAACCGAACAGAAGUUGAACAUGCACCGGCACCAAUACUCGAGGUUUAUCAAACUAAGAUACCAGGAGAACGCGUGUUUCUGGAGAAAUCUGAAACUCCAUUCGUAGUUCUCGAAACAGAAAGCCCACCAAGGGAACCGAAACUGAACUCACAAGAACGAGAGCUGGCGCGGAGGUUGAUCGGACGAUUUCGCCGAUCGAGAAACAACACUUCAACAGUUAUACCUUUUUUAAGACCCCUAAACACAACGGAACCUCCUGUACUACUAAGAAGUUCAGGCUAGUCAACA